AUGAGAUACGUACAUACCAUAGGGGUACUGUUAUUGUUAUGGUUUUAUACAGUGGUUGCUAAAGAUGAUCAAUUUAUACCAAAAGUGACAAAGACAAAGAAUAAACAUAUGCAAUGGUUUGCUAUAUUUGAUGAUUCAACUACAGUACUUAGAACAAAUGACGAUAAACUACAAAUUUCUCAGGAUAAUGGUGAAAAUUGGUCAGAUAUUAAAGGCAUUAAUGAUAAAAUUAAUUUUUUCAGUAUUGAUGAAAAUUUUGCUAAAUUUAGAGCUUUUGCUUAUCCAAAGAAUAAAAAUUACUUUUAUAUCACUAUUGAUAAAGGUUUAAAUUGGAAAAAAUAUGAUUAUAAUAUACCAAAUACAUUUUAUGAUAAAAAACAUACUCCAUCAUGUUUUGUAAUUUCACAUGCAAUUGAACAAGAUGAAUUUUUUUUAACUUGUUCAGUAUGUAAAGAUGUAAAAAAAGAUAAAAAAGAUGAAGAUAAGAAAAAAAAUGAAGAUGAAGAUAAAGAUGAUAAUCCAAUGAAUCGUAUUCUUGAUAAUUUUGAUGAUUUUUUUUCCCGCCCAGACACUAUUUGUGAAGAUAUUAUUUUAAAAUCAAAUAAUGGUGGGAAAUCUUUUGACCUCUUUCAACCACCAUUUAAAGUUGAUGAAGGAGAGAGAAAACUUUCUUUUCAUACUGGAUCACUUUGUCAAUAUGCAAAAAUUAGUGAAAAAUCUACUGUUCAAGUUGAUGAAACUAGCUUAAUUUGUAAUUUUGAAAAAAUUCAAAGAUCUUCAAAAAAUAAUGGGGAAAUUAAAAUGAUUUCACAAUUAUUUACAAUUAUUGGUAAUAAUGUUAAGAAACUGGAUAUUUUUGAAGAUAUGACUGUGAAUUCUGUACAAGUAUUAAAUUCACAUAUAGUUGUUAUUACACAAGAGGAUAAAUUUAAUGAUUAUUCAAAUAAAAAAGUAUGGGUUUCAAAUGAUUUGAAAACCUUCGAUGAAGCUUAUAUUCCAACUGAUUUAACUUUUAACGAAAUGUCAUUUUCACUGUAUGAAGAUUCUCUUGGAAGAAUUGUUAUUCCAAUUGCUAAAUCUGAUAUUGAAGAACUUGGAGAGAAAGAAGACCCUUAUGGUAAUAAAUAUAAACAAACACGUAGAAACUUCAAAUAUAAUGAUGUUCUGGUAUCUGAUUCUACUGGUUUAAAGUUUUCUGAUUAUGAUUGGAUUGAUAGAUCUGUUGAUGGUCAUACUUCCGUUGAACUAAUUGAUUAUUUAAAGGGGACGAUUAUUAAUAGUGUUUUUGCUAUGAGAUACAGAUUCCAAGAUCAUGACCAAGAUAAUACAAAGCAAUUUGUUUCCUCUACAAAGAUUUCUUUUGAUAAUGGUGUCAGUUGGGACUAUUUAAAAAUUGUUGAUCCAGAAAAUAAAGAUAAAUAUAACUGUAACAUUGAUGAUCCUGAGAGUUGCUCCAUUUUAUCAAUAAAUCAUUUUAAUAACUACCGUACACCUUCUGCAGGUAUUUUAGUGAUGUCUGGUGUAUUGUGUGAUGGUUAUGCGUAUAACUUUGAUGAUGCAAAGACAUUUGUCUCCAGAGAUGGUGGUAAGACGUGGAAAAAAGCAUUGGAUUUCCCAACAAUUUCAACUGUAGGUGACGCCGGUAAUAUUAUUGUGGCUGUUCCGCAUGAUUCAAAGAGUGACGGUGACACUGAGUCAGAAGUGUAUUAUUCCUUAGAUCAAGGUGAAACUUGGAAUGAAUAUCAAUUCGAAGAACCUUUCUAUCCUGCUUUAUUAAUCAACACUACACCAGAUGGUUCAGGAUCAAAUUUCAUCCUUGAAGCAUUUGGCAGUGGAAAUGUUAUAGAUGGUAGACAUGAACAACAAACUUUCUUCUAUACUCUUGACUUUUCAGAUGCCUUUGAUGGUAAAAAAUGUGAUAAAAAUGAUUUUGAAACGUUUUAUUUGAAUAGUGGUGAUUGUGUUAAUGGUGCCAAAUAUAGUUACAGAAGAAGAAAAUAUGAUUCCAAAUGUUUGGUAAAAGAAGUAUUUACUGAUUUGGAACUAGAUGAAGAAAUAUGUACAGAAUGUACCGAUGCGGAUUAUGAAUGUUCAUUUGAAUUUACUAAAGAUCACGAAGGACAUUGUGUACCUGAUUUUAAAUUGUUAGAAUUUUCAGGAAUUUGUGCUAAUAAAAAGGAAAAGAACAUGUCAUUGAAACCAAGACGUAAGAUUGUUGGAAAUAAAUGUAAGAAGGAAUUAGAUAUAAAUCCAAUGAGUGUAACUUGUGGUAUUCUGGCAGAUCCAGGUAGAAGUUCUGAUAAGAUAACUGUUACUGAAAAUGUUAUUGAUGGUCAACCAAGAUUUUAUGAAUAUUUUGAUACAGAUCAGGAUGAAUCCUUAAUUAUUGGAACCACUAAAUAUGAAUUUUUCAUUUCACAUGAUGGUGGUAAAACAAUUAAAAAAAUUGAUACUAAUAAUGAAAGAAUUAUUGAAAUCGUAUAUAAUCCUUAUUCGAAUUCCUCGGCUUAUUUGUUUAGUUCAACUGGAUCAAUUUUCAUUACUCAUGAUAGAGGUUAUACAUUUUUCAGAAAUGAAUUACCUGAUGCCAUUCAAUUGGGGUUCCCCUUAAAUUUCCAUCCUGAAGAUCCAAAUACUUUCAUUUAUUAUGGUGGUAAAGGUUGUGAAAACAUUUAUAGUAGUAAUUGUAGAGUUAUGUCAUAUAUUACAAGAGAUGGUGGUAAAACGUUUGAAGAACUAUUGGAAGGUGCUGUCCAUUGUGAAUUCACUGGUGAAUUGUUCGAUUAUCCGGCUGACAAAGAUAUGAUGAAUUGUCAAAUAAGAGACCUAAGAAAAAACGCUAAAUCAUUAGUUUCAUCUACAGAUUAUUUCAAGAAUGACAAAAAGACAGUAUUUGAAAAUAUUAUUGGUUAUAUGUCAUCUGGAGGAUUUACUAUUGUUGCCGUUACACAUGAAAAAAAUGAACUAAGAACAUAUGUGACAUUAGAUGGUGAAGAAUAUGCCGAAGCUAAGCUUCCUCAAGAUUUAUCAGAAAUUUCACAAAAGACUUUCACCGUUUUAGGUACAAAUACUGGGUCAAUCUUCUUACAUAUGGGUACCACCGAAGGUCAUGUACAUCCUCACGGUGAUUUAUUAAAAUCUAAUUCCAACGGAACAUCGUUUGUUACUUUACAAAAAAAUGUUAACAGUAAUAUGAAUGGUCAAGUUGAUUUUGAGAAGAUUCAAGGUCUUGAAGGUAUCAUUCUAAUUAAUGUCGUUGAGAAUCCUGAGGACUCUACCAAAGAUGACAUAGAGAAAAAAUUAAAGACAAAAAUCACAUUUAAUGAUGGUGCAGAUUGGUCAUAUAUCACCCCACCUUCUAAAGAUUCUGAAGGUAAGAAAUAUAACUGUAAAGGUGGAUCACUUGAAAAAUGUUCUUUGAAUUUACAUGGCUACACUGAAAGAGAUGAUGCAAGAGAUACUUUCUCAUCCGGAUCUGCUCAUGGUAUGUUAUUCGCAAAGGGUAACGUCGGUGAAUUUUUAGUACCAAUUAGUGAAUCAUCAACCUUUUUGACCACGGAUGGAGGUAUAACUUGGAAGGAAGUAAAGAAAGGUGCUUAUCAAUGGGAAUUUGGUGACCAUGGUGGUAUUUUAGCUUUGGUUCCAGAUACAGAGGAAACAGACGUCAUAUCAUACUCCUUAGACUUUGGUAAGACAUGGAAUGAUUAUAAAUUUAGCAGUGAGAAGGUCGUAGUUAAGGAUAUUGUUACAGUUCCUCAAGAUUCUGCAUUAAGAUUCCUCCUUGUAGGACAAAGUUCAAACGUCCAAGGUGCUUCUACAAAAACAUAUGCAAUUGAUUUUAGUGGUAGUUUCCAAAAACAAUGUGAUUUUGAAAUUAAUAAUAAUAAGAAUGAUGAUUUUGCGUUUAUUUCAAUUGGCUCUUCCCAAGAUAAAUGUCUCUUUGGUCACAAGGAAGAGUACCUGAAAAAGGUAAAUACUGACUGUUUUGUUGGUAACAUCCCAUUAUCUAGAUUCUCUAAGAUUGUUAAGAACUGUACAUGUACUAGAAGUGACUUUGAAUGUGAUUAUAACUUUAUCAAAGCAAAGGACGGCACUUGUAAACUUGUCGAAGGUCUCUCCACGGCACCUGCCUCAGAUAUUUGUACGAAAAACCCAGAUUUGAUAGAAUUUUCAGAUUUAACUGGUUACAGAAAGAUUCCAUUAUCUACUUGUCAAGGUGGCUUAAAACUGGAUGUUGCGUCAGAUACCUACCCUUGUCCAGGUAAAGAAGCCGAGUUUAAUAAGAAAUAUGGUAUUAGCGGUAGGUCAUUCUUCCUAAUCUUCUUUAUUCCAUUUGUUCUUUUGAGUGCAUUGCUAUGGUUCAUAUAUGAUCGUGGUAUUAGGAGAAAUGGUGGUUUCUCUAGAUUCGGUGAAAUCAGAUUAGGUGAUGAGAAUCAACUAAUCGAAAACAAUGAAACUGAUAGAAUUGUUAACUCUACUGUAAGAUUUGGUUUGGUUGUGUUCUCUGGAAUCCAUACCGGUUUUGAAAUGGUUAAACGUAGUAUAAGAGGGGUAUCUGAACGAUUUAGGGGAAGAAUGUCAUCAAGAGGUCCAACAUAUUCAUCAUUAAUGAAUGAUCAAUUUUUGGACGAAGCAGACGACUUAUUGGCUGGCCAUGAUGAAGAUGCUAAUGAUUUAUCUAGCUUCAUGGACCAUGACACGAACUUCGAUAUCGACGAAGAAUCUAAUGUGGCAUCCGAUGUAGCCAAUAAUGAUAAUGAUAAUGGUCAUGUUCAACCAUACAGCGAUAACCUAGAAACGGAUAAUACAUCGCAGCAACAAUACACCGAUGAUGCUAUCUCUGAUGAUGUUCCUGCACCAUUAGUUGAACCUACCACAGAGGAUGCUGAAGUCACAAACGAAUUAUCUCAGAGUGAUAGGGAGUAG